AUGCUGGUCACUCUUGAGGAACUACAACUGACCCAGAGCAACAGCCCAACUGUUCUCUCCCAUGGAAAGGAUGGAGCUGGUCAGCCGGAUCACACGCCGCGAACUCUCAUAUCACUCCCUCAAGAACUCCGAGACAUGAUUUGGGCCCAAGUUCUCGAUCCAAUUCCCGAAACAACUCUGCCGCCUUCCACACGUACAUACCUUCCCGCCAUGAUCCUGACUAGCCGACCACCGGCCCUCGCUCAUGUUUGUCGUGAUUCACGCGCCUUCGCCCAAGAACGAUACAAAGUCGCCUACUAUGGCUCUCGUAAAACCACACCCACCUCAAGCGAAUUGGCCGCUAAGAGGCGCCGAGGAUUAGAAUGGGUUUCUCGAUCGACAAUAGGGGUCUCGUACACCUACGACAAGCACCCCCCUCUGAUAGGUUUGGGGUGCCGUUUUGUCAUGAAUCAUGGCUCGACCAACGACAUCUCUGCCGAAGCCAAGGACGAAUUCGCUCAAUUCCUCUCCGGUGUCAAAGAUUUUCAGAUCAUGAUGUGCAUGGGCUAUGAGGCAGCUGUCUGGAUACCCUACUGCGCUGCAAAGACAUUCAAGUUGCCGUGGGGCUGGGCGUUGGGCACUGGACGUAACGCUAGUCAAUUCGUCGAUAUGCGGGACCUGGCUGUCUUGCCAGAAAUAAUCUGUGAACUGGAAGGCUUGGUGUGGGGGGCAGAAGAAGAGGAUGUCUGCGGAAUCACACGGCUGCGCGACCUUGUGGCAAAUGCCGAGAAACGGGAAGAGUUUUGCGCGUUGUCCUUGGAAUCGUUCAAAGGACUUUGGGACGCAUUCAACGCUGGCACGGGUAUCACCGGUGAGGUCCAGUUGAGGAGACGGAUGCCCAAAAUCGGAACUGUUCUUCAGUUCAUCAUCAUGGAUGAACCGGGGUUGGGCCGGGCGGUUAGAGAUAUCGAACAGGUGCUUCUGGUCCUAAUAAGUAGCUGA